UGCGAGGAACAACUGAGGUGGUGAAAUGUCACGCGAGGAAAGAAAUCCGUGGCUGUUUGUUGAGCUGUGAUGAGAUGAUCCAGCACAGUGCAUGUGCAGUUUCGCAGUCCGGGCUGUCGCUUUAAGACAACGAUAGCUUUGAGUCUGAUUAAUUCAAUGUAAGGCGACGGGUUAGUGAAGAAACCUUAUCAGCCGCACAAAGAAAGGAGAGGAGGAGCACUCAGCUCUGGAAGAGAAUUGGGUUUACUCUAACACUUGGAAGUUAUUAUAAUAAAAGCGUGGGUGUUUUUAAAAUGAAGACAUCUUGAGGAUGGGUUGUUUGGAUUAAAAGUCUGCAUCAUCGCGCACGAAAGGAGGGAUUUUCCCACCACCAGCUUGGAGUAAAAUCACAAGUGGAGGACAGAAGAUCGGAAGGCAUGUCGUCGGAAAAACACGGUCUCGAUGACUCUGGCCGUCAGACCAUGCAGCCUCCUCCGUACCUCCCCGGCCUGCAAGACCCAAACGUACCUCAUCAUCCCAACAUGCAGCCAGCACCGGGCACCCAACCCAACUACCCUCCUCCACCUCCUCCUCCAGGCUCAGAUGGAUAUCUUCAAGAAACCCAGUUCCACUGUGGCCCACUGGGUCCCCAGGGGGCCCCGCAGGGCUACGCGGUCCAGACCCAGGCCCCCGGAGGCACUAUGCCUCAUGCCCCUGUAGGAUACAUCCAUCCAGGCUACCCGCUUCAGCUGCAGCCCUGCACAGCUUACGUACCAGUCUACCCCAUGGCAUCGGGUCAACCCUACAUGCCAGCCGGAGGAGGCCACCCAGGGAUUCUACCGGGCCAGAAUUAUCCCAUGCAAAUGCCACCCAGCAUCACCCUAAUGGACCGUCGACCACCACACGACUACCUGCCCAUCGCCGUGCUCACCACCGUCUGCUGCUUCUGGCCAACAGGCAUCAUUGCGAUUAUCAAAGCAGUGCAGGUGCGCACAGCAAUAUCCAGAGGAGAUAUGGUGACGGCGGAAAUAGCCUCCCGCGAGGCACGCAACUUCUCCUUCAUCAGCCUGGCUGUUGGCAUCGCCUCCAUUGUGCUGUGCACCAUCCUCACCGUGGUUGUCAUCAUUGCAUCGCAGCACCACGAUGACGACUGGGAGCCGUAACUCCACGCAGCGUCAGACAGAUGGGAAAUCAUGGCAUUUAUUAGCUAGCUAACUACUCUCAAUCAUUUGGAGGUGCACUGAGAAUGCACACAAACUGCUGUUGCAUUGCUGGCUCUCUGUGUACAGCUACAUACACACGCACACACACACACACACACACACACACACACACUGAGCUCUGACCUAACCUGCUGCCAUCAAACACACGCCAACAACCAAAAACAACCAAUCACAGCUGAUGUUCAAACGCCAAAUACAAGCAGCUGUAAAAUGAGGCCCAGUUUUGCUGUUUGCACGGCAACCACAAUAUUUACACCCAAAUAUGAGCUGCAGAAAGGGAAACAAAGCUCCUUGUAUUAACAUUUCAUUCGACGCUGAUUAAUUCAUACUGAUGAUGUAGUUAGAUGAGAGGAUAGGUCACUGUGUGUUUCAGAUUUAAAUAUUCCCAAAACUAAAUCUACUAAAUGUGCCCACGCAGAUUUAUUUUUUGGAUGGUUGAAUGCACAUUUUAGUCUUAACUACAAGUACAACUACAACUACAAGUAUGCAUGUGUUUUCUUCUUUAAAAACACAGUGCCAUGUUGAAAUGGUUUUGAUUUAAAGAGUAUUGUUAUUGCUGAAAGAGACUGUCAAACAGAAUGAAAUUGUUGGGGUGAGCCAUACACAUUUACCACACCAAAUAGAGACUCACCUGUCUAAUAACCAAACACUGAGUAUUUAUUUGAGAUUGGUUAUUGGUAUAUUACAUGGACAUUUUAGCUGGAUGAGAUGAUACAUAAAUUAUGAAUUAUAUGUUUGUUGAUUUAUUUGAAAUCUGUUAUGUAUUUAUUCAUUCAAUAUCUACCCAUGCAUCGACUUUGUGUUUCUUUAAUUUACAGUAUAUCACUAGUUUUUUGCAGCUUUAUCUGACACUUGGAAAUUGGCUUCAAAUUUGAUUACCUAUGAUGUUGCGCUUUGUAGUAAUCAGAUGAUAUGAUGUAGCUGCUUACAAUCAGAGUUCUUAUAGUGCAUGAUAAAUAUAAAUUUAAGCUAAUGGGGCUAGAGUGCAAUAAUUGCUUGUGUCCCAGCUGUUGGUGGGAAUAUUUCCUAAAAUGUCUACAAGAGUGUGGUACAGUAACUUUCAAACAAGCUACUGUCAGAACAAGAAAAGGAGACAAUUUAAAUGAAAGUCUUUGAAUCUUUGCAAAUAUUGUUUUCGCAUAGUAUUAAGUAAGUAUUUUUAGCCUUUUUUGUGUUGCACAUCUCUUAGCUAUUUUACUCUGAGACUCUGUGUGUGAAACUUUAGUACGAAAUUGUACUUCUAAGGCAACAUAACCCUGCAUGUCAUCCACAGUUUGUUUCCAUUUGUCUUAAAUAUCAAGGCUAGAUGUGUGCUCCUUUGACGUUGUUUCACUGUAACACAUUGAGUCAGGGUUCAUUUCCUAUGAGUAUGGUCUCCAAAAUGUAGCAGCAGGGGUGCUGUUCUUUAUAAGAGCCAACAUAGUCGUAACGUUACUGUAUGAACUACUAUAUGAGGUUUCUGGAGUAAUAGGAGGAACUGAAAAUGAAUGUUUCCAAAAGGACAGAGAGAAAAUAUUCAUGCCUAUACUGUAUUGUAGCACUUUCAGCUUUAUGAAAUGUUUCCUCUGGUAUCUUUCUUCUCUUUGUUCCUCAUUCUCAUGUCAACGUGAGUUAUUGGACCAAUUAAUAUUUCCCUUCUGCUUUCCCUUUUUUCCCUGUUGGUCUUUGUGAUGAUGCUAUUUUUAAGAGAAAUGUUCAGAGAUAUUAAAAAUGAUGUUUGUUGACAAUGAACGCAAAUAGAGACAGUAUAAAUACAGUUUAUUAUGUAGUUUAUAUAUUAUUAUUGGUAUUAUUAUUAUUAUUAAUAUUAUUAUUGGCAACUGCAUUGUAUUUGAUUAUCACUCAUAACAUUAAAUACAUCUGUGCACGUAUUUAUCAAACUUCUAAAAACUACAUUUAAUAAUGCUUUUAAAAGCUAACUUUUAAAAAAAGUGACUUUCUCCUAUUUUCAGCCAGUAACUUUUUCUUGAUCAAUCACGUACCGUAUGCUCAGAGCAGGAAUAGAAUAACUGCCUUAAUGUUUAUUAUUAAAAAACAAAAACAAUACUUCAGUUUUACCCAGUGAUGAGUUCUUCUGCUAAACAUGUAAUUAUAUUCAUUACAAACAAUUAUAUUUAGUACAAUCAAUCCAAACAUGUCUGUACACUAAAUGUGACACUCAGGCCACUCAUCGUGUGACACGAUGAGCUUAGCUUAGCAUAAAGACUGGAAACAGGGAAACAGCUAGCCUUGCUCUGUCACCUCUAAAUUGUCAUCCGCACACUUUAUUCUUUGUUUGUAUAAGAAAAAAGAGAGAGAGACAUUAUGUAAAUUGGCCAGUAAGUGGAUUUUUUAUUACUUUUGGAUGAAACCAGGCUAGCUGUUUCCCCCUGUUGCUAUGCUAAGACAACUAGCUUAUUGCUGUUGUUUCGUAUUUAUUCGAUUGGUAUCGAUCUUGUCAUGUAACUCUCUGCAGUAGAAAGCGUAGAUAAGCCUACUUCCCGCCUGUUAAUUAGUGAGUAUGAGUAAAAAUGAAAACAUUUUACUUUAAAUUUCACUUUUAGCUUUUUGACAAAUACAUGUUCUGGCCUUAAACGACUCAGUGAUAUUUCCGUGUUAAAAGAGUAAAUGAAACACAGUAUUGUUUAGCAUUAUUAUUGUACAGAGGGCUCUGGCAGCGAGUGUGUCUACUGAAUAGAGUUACUCCUAGCAUAUCUAGUUUAUACAGCGCUAGGCUUCGUCUCCCUGUAUGCUUUCUGAUGGGAAUCUUCUGUGUUCAGCAACAAAGCUGUUUACUACCCAGCUGGUAGAUGGGUUCUUCAUUUUCAUUUUUGUUUUGUUUUUGAGCUUGUAAAUGCAAUGGGUUGCUUGUUUCUAAGAGCCAAAAAUUACCUGUGUACAUGUGGUUAUCUUGGGGUUUACUAUUAUAAUUACAGUAUGUUCAUGACUGUGUUGCACAUGGUUGGUUGUUUGAAUAAUGAAUAAAAUAAUCAUUUUUGGGUUGUGAACGACA